AUGGGUUCGAUAAUUAGAAAGGAUGCGUUUGGCGUCAACUAUGAUUACUCCUUCAAGCUGCUGCUAAUUGGCGACUCGGCCGUUGGGAAGAGCAGCCUUUUGCUCUCUUUCAUCUCUCACUGUCCUCACCACCUCUCCCCAACUAUUGGAGUCGACUUCAAGAUAAAGCUGUUAACCAUGGCUGGAAAGAGACUUAAAUUGACAAUUUGGGAUACUGCUGGACAGGAAAGGUUCAGAACAUUAACGAGUUCCUAUUACAGAGGCGCGCAUGGAAUUAUCCUUGUUUAUGACGUCACGAGAAGAGAGAGCUUCACUAAUUUAUCCAAUACGUGGAUAAAGGAACUAGACAGCUACUGCACAAAUCCUGAUUGUGUCAAAAUACUCAUCGGUAACAAAAUUGAUAAGGAAAGUGAGAGAGCCGUUACUAAAGAGGAAGGCAUGGCGCUUGCGCAAGAACACAAGUGUUUAUUUCUCGAGUGCAGUGCUAAGACUCAAGAAAAUGUGAAGCAAUGCUUUAAAAAUCUUACUGUUAAGAUGUUGGAGGUACCUAGUUUACUUGAAAAGGGUUCGACACCCAUAAAGAACCAGAUGCUGAAGCAGAAGGAGGUUUGCGAUGCACAUCGUGGCCGAAACAUCGAUAACCGAGAUGAGACACUGAGAAUCGAGUCGAGACUGGUAGUGCGGAGCAUCGCCCGCGAGACAACUCAUUGCGAGUUUCUGCAACCAUCAUUUCCUCGUCGCAUCCCGCGACACCGCGAGACGUCGCGCCCAGUGCCCAGCAGCACGCCCGUGAUCACCCGACAACCAAGAUUCGUCGUGCCUGCGACAUCGAUAUUUAAAAUUCAAAUUUGGACAGGAUUUUGA